AUGGUCCUAUACACUAGAACUGAUUUAGUAUGGUGCAAAGCCUUUCUUCCUACCAUAGAAGGGCUGGCAGUAGAGUGGUAUCGCUUGCUGGAUAAAGGGUCAGUUUACUCUUACAAUGGUUUGAAGAGAUUGUUCAUGGACUACUUCGUCACACUAGUGGAUAGCACUAAAAUGACAACAGAGCUAAUGUCACUGGAGCAGGGAGAGACAGAAUCUCUUAGAGACUUCAUUACUUGGUUCAACAAGGAGGAAACCUCAAUCCCCAAUAUGAGCCAAGAAGUGGCCUUGUUGGUAAUGCAGAGUGGCUUAUUGCCAAGGUUAGCCUUCAGAGAAUACAUGGGUAGAAAGAACUUGAAAACCCUGGCUGAAGCACUGGGUAAAGCUCAUGAGUUCAUUGAAGGGGGUGAGAUAGACAGAGCAAUGUUGGCUAGAAGGUCGAUCUCUGCCAAAUUAGGCAGAAAGCCAGAGUCGAGUCGUGUAGAGGUAGCAGGCAGGACGGACUCAAAUUCUAGCGGAAAUGGAAGGGUGGACUUGUUGGAGAAUUUAGAGUAUUUAGUUGAUUAUAUUCAUGUUAUGUUAAGUUUAAGUCAUUUGGUUAAGGUGUCAUGA